UUUCCAACACUCCCAACACAAAAGUGCCGGUAAUUGUCUAGACAACAAUUUUCGAUCUGUCGGCGUUCAUUUUCUUUUGAAAUCUAAUUCGGAACGCAGUAAAAUCCAAAUUACAAAAAACCAGAAAAUGUCGACCUGGAUACCACUCGAAUCCAACCCGGAGGUGCUGACCAAGUACAUACAUAAGCUGGGCGUGUCGCCAGCCUGGUCGGUGACUGACGUCAUCGGACUGGACGAGGAUACACUGGAAUGGAUUCCGCGUCCGGUGAAGGCCUUCAUUUUGCUGUUUCCCUGCAGCGAAUCUUAUGAGAAGCAUCGCGCCGAGGAGCAUGAGCGCAUCAAGGAAGUGAAGGAGGAGCAUCCCUCCAAUCUCUUUUACAUGCGCCAGUUCACCCACAAUGCCUGUGGCACCGUGGCCCUUAUCCAUAGCGUGGCCAACAAUAAAGAAGUUGAUAUUGACACUGGAGUUUUGAAGAGCUUCCUGGAGAAGACAGCCUCGCUAACCCCGGAGGAACGUGGCCAGGCUUUGGAGACCGACCAGGACUUCACCGCCGAUCAUCAGGCCUUGGCUCAGGAGGGUCAGACCAAUGCCUCCGAGCACGAGACGGUGAUCCAUCAUUUUAUAGCCCUGGUGAACAUUGAAGGGACUCUGUACGAACUGGAUGGACGCAAGUCCUUCCCAAUUAAGCAUGGCGCCACCUCGGAAGAGAGCUUUGUAAAGGAUGCCGCCAAGGUCUGCAAAGAGUUCAUGGCUCGCGAUCCCAACGAAGUGCGCUUCACUGUCUUGGCCUUGACUGCUGCGCAGGAUUAGGCUGGAUCUUAAAUCUCAUAACAGUCCCACCACGAUCUUUGGUCUACCAGAAAAACAUACAUUUAAAACCUAUAUACAUAUAUAUGAUAUUUAUAAGGCCGAACAGGCGAACGAAGCCCCGCCUUUCGGCUGCCAGAAAGCCAACAGUUUACGCAUAUUUAUUUCGCUUUCGAGCCAAAGCCACAAAUGUAUUGGGAACAUAUUUAAUUUGUUAUUAAAGAGUGCACUCGAGCUUGAUGCUAAGCUUAUACCGAA